AUGACUUCCUUCAUCACUUCCACCUCUGUCUCCACCUCUUCCGGUCCACAGUGGUACAAUUCAACUCCUCUGCUACUAGAAAAGUUACCACCCCAGGUCCAUUCGACUCCACGCAACGCUUCGAGUUGCUCCAGUAUACCUUCAAGAAGUAGAGACAGUGGUCUGGGGAGUUUGGCAUCCGAUUCCACCACUUUCUCCUUCACUUCUACCUUCUGCCCUCCGCUUUCCCCUAACGCUACCGCUUUCUCCAUUGAAAAUCUACUGGGUCUCUCUAAACCGAAACAGGAAUCUUCUUCCACAAAGCAAGAGAGGGCACUGCAGCCUCUCAACCUAUCGACUAGUGCAUUGCCAAGACCUAGAACCUACUCCUGCCGGUACUGCAGUAAGGCCUACUCCUCUAGGUCAUCCAUGCGUGCCCAGAGUGUGGAAGGCGUUUUUCCAGACUCUGGCUGCUGGAGAGUCACCGACGUACCCACACCGGCGAGAGGCCCUUCGUCUGUUCGGUGUGCGAACGGCGCUUCGCUGACCGGUCGAACAUGCGUGCGCACAAGCGAACGCAUCGGUGCCAGUGAUUUUGCUGCUGUCAAGAGUAAUGAUGGUGACGUAGAUGCGAUACCGUCACCACGCAUACAAGCACAUGCUUCAGAAUCAGAAAUUCUCACUUUUAGAGAACCCAGCCUUCAUCGAUUCGGUAUGAAAUUCUUCCACCUGUAG